UGUAAAGAGGCGAGGGAGGCGCGCGCGCGUGUGUGAGUGUGUGAGAGAACGAGCGAGCUAGCUGGUAGGCAGGGCCUGGCCAGGCAUGCGGCGGGCGCUGGCGGCGUGGUGCGUGGCGGCGGCGCUGUGGGCGGCGGCACGCGCCUUCGUGCUCGAGGGCUCGCAGACGUCGUACGCGCAGUUCCGCAAGUGGAACGCCGGCCUCAACGGCACGCUCGAGCUGGAGUUCAAGACGGACCAGCCGAACGGCCUGCUGCUGUACACGGACGACGGCGGCACCUACGACUUCUUCGAGAUCAAGCUGGUGGAGGGCGCGCUGCGGCUGCGCUACAACCUGGGCGGCGGCGCGCAGAUCCUGACGGUGGGCCGCGACCUCAACGACGGCCACUGGCACAAGGUGGCUGUGCGCCGCAGCGGCGAGCUCACCUCGCUCACCGUGGACGGCGCGACGCAGGCGCGCGCCUCCCGCGGCUCCGACUUCCGCUUCGGCUCGCUCGAGUCCAACUCGGACGUCUUCAUCGGCGGCAUGCCCGCCUGGUACAGCUCCAAGCUGACGCUGCUCGCGCUGCCCAGCGUCAUCUUCGAGCCGCGCUUCGGCGGGGCCGUGCGCAACCUCGUGUACGCCGACGAGGAGGCGACGGCGCCGCGCCGCCAGGAGAUGAAGAUGAAGGACUUCAAGUGCGGCGGCUUCCACUGCGCAGGCGCGCCGGGCCGCUCGGCCAGGGGCAUCCGCGGCAACCUGACGGACGCGUGCGAGGACCGCGACCCCUGCCAGCACGGCGGCAUCUGCAUCUCCACAGACACAGGGCCCAUCUGCGAGUGCCGCGACGUCGACUUCGAGGGCAUCUUCUGCGAAAAAGACAAGGCGCCGGCCGAGGCGACGUUCCGGGGGGCCGAGUUCCUCUCGUACGACCUGAGCCGCACCGGCGGCGAGCCCAUCGUCAGCAACCAGGACGCCAUCUCGCUCGUCUUCAAGACGCGCCAGCCCAGCGGGCUGCUCUUCUACACAGGGGACAAGGGCGACUUCAUGAACGUGGCGCUGAAGGACGGCGGCGUGGUGCUGGCCAUGAGUCUGGGCAACGGCCGCACCGAGCUGGCCAUCAAGCCGCGCCGCGUGCGCUUCGACGACAACCAGUGGCACAAGCUGACCGUGCACCGCAAGAUGCAGGAGAUUUCUUCAGGCACUAGCUUCUGCAGGGUGACGGCGGUCGUGGACGGGGUGUACGCAGAGAACGCCUACGUGGCUGUCACCAACACCAUGCUGUCCUCGAGCCGCGUCUACGUGGGCGGCAGCUACAACACGCACGCGCUACCGGGCUCCAAGGUGCGGUACAACUUCGUCGGCUGCCUCAGGAAGGUGGAGUUCACGGCGGACACGCUCAAGCUGAACCUGAUCGACCUGGGCCGGCGCGACAGCAAGCUCAUCGCCGUGAUCGGCCACGUCGACUUCAUGUGCCAGGAGGUCGAAGCCGCCGACCCGGUCACCUUCACCACAAGCGACUCCAACCUCGCGUGGCUGCCCGUCACCUUCCACAGCCCGGACAGCACUCUGGUGCUGCCCUCGCUGGAGUCGUCGCGGUCCAGCUCCAUCUCGUUCAAGAUCCGCACCAACGAGCCCAACGGCCUCAUCUUGUACAGCAGCGGGGCCAGCGCGCCGCACGCGGACUACCUGGCGUUCGAGCUGCUGAGCGGCCACCUGUACCUGCACCUGGACCUGGGCUCCGGGGCGGCGCGCGUCAAGGCGACGACCCGCCGCGUCGACGACGGCGCCUGGCACGAGGCGACGCUCAAGCGCUCCGGGCUCGAGGGCCGCGUCACCGUCGACGGCACCGCCUCCGACUUCACCACGCCAGGCGAGUCGCAGCAGCUGGACCUGGAGGGCCCGCUGUACGUGGGCGGGGUGGGCCCCGCGACGGCGGCCGUGCCGGUGCCGGCGGCGCUGUGGACGGGCGCGCUGCGCCGCGGCUUCGUCGGCUGCCUGCGGGACCUGGUGCUCAACGGCAACGCCGUCGACGUCGCCGGCUACGCGCGACACCAGGACUCCGGCGCGAUCCGGCCGUCGUGCCACGCGCAGGAGGCGCAGUGCAGCUCGCAGCCGUGCCUGCACGGCGGCGCCUGCUCCGAGGGCUGGAACCGCUUCGUCUGCGACUGCUCGGCCACCAGCUUCACGGGGCCCACCUGCGGCAAAGAGGCGACGACGCUGACGUUCAACGGCAGCCAGUUGGUGACGCUGACGGCGGCGGGCGAGGAGUGGCGCUGGCAGACCGAGGAGGUGUCGCUGCGCUUCCAGACGGCGCGCCCGCUGGGCCUGCUGCUGGCCACGGCCGCCGACAACUCGCACGACCGCCUCGAGCUCAGCCUGGUGGCCGGCCGGCUGCGGCUCGCGCUGCGCGUCGCCGACCGCGAGAAGGUGGUGCUGGCCGGCCAGGGCCUCAACGACAACCAGUGGCACACGGUGCGCUACUCGCGGCGCGCCACCAGCCUCAAGCUGCAGGUCGACGACGACGCGCCCAUCAGAGCGGAGGCGGCGCCGGGGCGCGGAGCGGUGCUGGAGGUGCGCGCCGUGCACGUGGGGGCGGUGGCGGCGGCCAGCGCGCUGGCGGCGGCCGAGGAGGCGGCGGCCGGGGGCGGCGGCGGGGGCGGCGGCCCGGCGGGCUUCGUGGGCGCCAUGCAGCAGCUGUCGGUGAACGGCCGGCGCUACUUCGAGGUGGCGCGCGCGGCGGGCGGCGCCGUCGCCGCCCCCGGCUCGCACAGCCCCCGCAUUCGCGUGACCGCCGCCUUCGGCAAGCGCGACCCGCAGCUCGUGCACAACCCCGUCACCUUCCGCUCCAAGCACACCUUCGUCGGCCUGCCCGUGCUCAAGGCCUACUCCGCCACCAACAUCUACUUCCAGUUCAAGACGCGCGAGGCGAACGGGCUGAUCCUGUACAACGGCGGGCGCGGGCACGACUUCGUGGCGGUGGAGCUGGUGAGCGGCCACCUGCACUACGUGUUCAACCUGGGCGACGGGGCGGUGCGCGUGCGCGACAACGCGCGCGCCCCGCUCAACGACAACCAGUGGCACGCGGCCACCAUCGGCAGGCCGAGCGCGCGCCAGCACACGCUCAUGGUCGACGACAGCUUCGCCAUCGUCACCAGCCUCGGCACCAACGAGAACCUCGACCUCGCCGGCAUCCUCUACCUCGGUGGUGUCAGAAAGGAUAUGUAUGCGAGUCUUCCAAAGCAAGUAACAUCAAAACAAGGCUUCCAAGGAUGCCUGGCUAGUUUGGACCUAAAUGGAGAGUCACCAAGUCUCCUGCUUGAUGCUGUAGUGCCAAGUACUCAAGUUGCAUUAGGCUGUGAAGGUUCCAGCAAGUGCAGUCACAAUGUAUGUGCCAACAGAGGAGUAUGCGUGCAGCAGUGGAACUUUUAUGCAUGUGACUGUGAUAUGACAUCCUAUACAGGACCCACAUGUUCAGAUGAAUCUGUAGCCUUUGAGUGGGGACCAGAUCGAGGACUUCUGACAUUCCAAUACCCUGAAGGCCACAGACCCGAAAUGAAGAGUGAUGUGUUAGCUCUGGGGUUUAUCACGGGCCAGGAGGAUGCAGUGCUACUACGUGUGGAUAGUGGAACAUCCAAUGACUACAUGGAGCUCGAAAUUGUUGAGGGAAACAUAUUUAUGGUCUACAACAUGGGGACAAAUGAUCAUCCCAUUGGUGAAAUUGGAGUGAAAGUGAAUGACAAUCAGUACCAUGUGGUCCGAUUCACAAGGUCAGGAGCUAACUCAACAAUUCAAGUUGAUGAUUACAACAUUCAGACUAACCAUCCAGCCGGACAUCAACUAACAGUGUUCAACAGUCAAUCAAAAGUGCUCGUUGGGGGGAAAUGGAAUAAUUAUACUAAAAGGAUUGAGCGGCCAUUCUCUGGAGUGAUGGCAGGAAUAGUUUUCAAUGGCUUGCGCAUUCUGGACCUGGCAGCAGAAGGAGACGUGCGCACUACACUACGGGGAGACGUACGGCAGCUCACUGGGGGCCUACACGAACGAAUGCGAGAAAAUCCACUCCUCCAACGUAUGCAGCAGACACCAGCAUCUGGACAUCCUGGAGUGAUGGAUGACCUUGUGUUCUCUGGUGCUGGGUCCGGAUGUAAUGCUGACGAUGAGGAUGAGUGCGAGCAAGUGUUUGAUCAUGGCUCAGGAGAUGACCUCAUCACGCCAGUGUAUGUGCCGCCCACCCGACCCCCCACCACCGUGACCCCCAAGUCACAGCAGAACGGCCGAGGACUAGCGACGGGUAAGCCCUGUGACGACGAGGACUGCUUCACCGGCUCGGGGUCAGGUGAGGUGUCCACAGAAGAUAAUACGUCCACUUCUCAUGCUGCGAAAGGUCCUGCAUUGGAGACAGAAACAGACACGGAGACAGCCACUUCAGAAUCUGCACCAGCAUGGACCGAACCCAGCAGCACACUGGAAGACACAUUUGGCAGCAGUGCUGGGGCGGCCAAUGCCGCAGGUGUGGGAAGCUACACAAGCGGCAGCUCCCACAUGCCCGACGGUUCGCCGCCCGGACCGUUCACGCAGUUCACCACGACAACAACAGAGCUGCCACCGCCACCACCACCACCGCCUCCGAGGGAGCCACCGAUUCCAUCCCCUCGCCCUCCACCGGGUCGUAACAAGACACGUGUGCGGAUUUCUUCUGAAGCUGCAGAGAAUACUGCUCUAGUCAUCGGCAUAAUUGCAGGUGCUAUGAUAGCCAUUAUACUGCUCAUACUGAUCAUUCUCAAAUUCAAGAACAGAGCAGACGGGUCUUACAAAGUGGACGAGAGUAAGAAUUACCGUGCCCAACCUGUGCAAGGUGGUGGCAGUGGCGGUGUGAGUGGCAGUGGUGUUGCCAUGGGGACCGGACUCCUGGGCUGCAAUGGCCAGCCACAACUACAGCAGGGCCUCCUGCACCAUCCACAGCAAGUGCAACACCCCACACUUCAGCACAUGAACGGGAGCAUUAAGAACGGAACGGGGCUCGACAAGGUGGCACCCGGCAAACCCACAAAAAAGCAGAAUGUUAAAGAUGUCAAAGAAUGGUAUGUGUAGACUGUGUGCCUAUGUGUCCAUUUAUUGUGCAUGUUGUAUUUGUUUUGUAUGAAUUUGGUGAUUCGUAUAUUUUUAAAAUGGCUUAAAAAGAGAUGAACGACUGAAUUUUGAACCUACUUUCUUUCUGUGGCUCAUGUAAUUGUUUCACAGAGUAUUCUUAGAGCCUAAAAUGUGCCAGACAAAUGAAUUUGUCAAAGCUGUUUUACUAUUAGAUUUUCCUAAAAUGAAAUUAUAUAUGUUCUACUGAAAAGUAUGGCACAUGUUGCAGCUACAGUAUGAACUUCUAAUGAUGUUGUUACUGACACUGGGAAGUGCGAACUGUAUUCCUACACUGCAACUUCCUCCAUGUGGUGAAAACUGUGAAUACCCAGUGUUAUUCCAUGUGUAUGUACGAAAAGAAAAUAAUUCACUAAAGAAGCAAAAAGAAUGAACAUUUAUGACAUUGUGAAACAUGUAACAUUUACAUAUCAGGCCUGUUUUAAUGUUGGUCUGCAUCUUGUGUUCUUCCUGACUGAAUGAUGUGUGUAUUGUCUGAUUGUGGAAUGGUGUCAGAUGGAAGAGAGGCCCAGUUCCUAUUGUGGUCAAAUGCACUUGGGCAUGAAGGGAUAAACAGUUACAGUUUCUGAUGGAAUUUUGUACAUAAUGCACAGCACAAAAUAGAAAGGAUAAGAAUAUUUGGAUUGAUCACAGCAAUAGAUCAAAUUGUUAAAGACCUUGUGUUCUUUUAUCAGAAGUGUUGUUGCGUGUAACACUAUUUUCAAACUUACAAUUCUAACAUGUAAACAUAGUUGAAAAAUAAAGUGGCAAUAAAAUUGUU